CUAUUUUGAAUUUCAAAUCGAUUACGAGUGAAGUUGCAGAGGCAAGUGGGACUGAAUGUAAGCGGUUACUGUAGAAACCGUACUGUUAUUGAUAGCCAUGUGCCGGUAAUUUCAUGAUCUUUCAUCUCGGAUCCUCUCUCUUGUUUAUUCAAGUCACCAACUUUUGGCUCUCUCAGUCCCCCACCUCACUCAGUUCAGUGGCCUUGGAAAAGAAGGGCGCUCUCUUUCUCUCAUUUUACCCUUGAAAAAAGAAGAGGCCUCUCUCUCUAAACCAUGGGAGAACUCACACCCAAGACCGGCUACAUGUUGGAAGUAGAUCACAAGACCCUCUUAAAAUCAGAUGAUUUAUACCAGUACAUCUUAAAGACAAGCGUGUACCCUCGAGAGGCCGAGGUCCUCAAAGAAUUAAGAAAUGCCAAUCUUGCCCACCCAAAGGGCUACAUGUCUACUGCUCCUGAUGGGGGUCAAUUUUUUAGCUUGCUUUUAAAGCUGAUCAAUGCAAGGAAGACUCUUGAGAUCGGAGUGUUCACCGGAUAUUCUCUACUCACCACAGCUCUCUCCCUGCCUCAUGAUGCCCAUAUAACAGCAAUAGAUGUUGACAAAGAUGUAUACCAAGAGUACGCAUUGCCAUUCAUCCAAAAAGCUGGUGUAGAACACAAGAUCAACUUCAUCCAUUCCCCUGCUCUACCCUUCUUGGACAAUUUGUUAGAGGAUCCGAAAGAGGAGGGGUCCUUCGACUUUGCCUUUGUGGACGCAGACAAGGCCAAUUACAUAAAUUACCAUGAGAGAUUAUUGAAGUUGGUGAGGGUUGGAGGGCUUAUACUCUAUGACAAUACAUUAUGGGGUGGCACCGUUGCUGAGGAUGAGGCUUCAGUCACGGAAUACAUGAGGCCAAACAGGCAGCAUCUCAUGAAGCUCAACCAAUUCUUAGCCGUCGAUCCCCGAAUCGAAAUAUCACAAGUUCCGGUGGGGGAUGGUGUCACUCUCUGUCGAAGACUCCCAUGAUUCUUCCAGCCCCAAAACCCUAUCUCUCUCUCUUAUGUUUUCUCCUCUCUUUUUACUUUAAGGCUGAAAAUGCAUGGUGUUUCUAUGAACCAUGACUAAUAAUUGUUAUUGUGGGUUUGAUUUGCUUGGU